AUGAACAGUGGGGUUUUUAUGACAUUUUCGAGAUUGCCCUAUUGUUUCACCGACGACGAGAUUGAAAAAAAAUGGAGAAACUGGAUAUCCUUGUCGGGAAGCUUUUGGAAAGAUCACCAUACACUCACACGUCCGGAAGUAACCCGGUUUCAGUUAAGCCGAUGUCAGUUUGCCGCAUACGAGCAAAGCAAAUGUUUUACUGAUGAAUCUGGAGUGAAAGCCGGUAAUGCCCAAAGAUUAUUUCAGUUGAUCCGUGCGGCCGGUCCCCGGAAACCACCUGUGAGCGAAACCAUCAAGCAUCAGAAUGGAACGACCAUCUCGAACAAAGAAGAACGCCUCGACCGGUUCAUCUCUUUGCUUCAUCCAACAGAAAUGAAAGAAAAUUGUUUGGACCACUCAGAGCCUUUUAGCAAGCUGAAUGCAUCACCGUUAUCUGUUCUGGUCCUCAUGGCUGCGGUCCCAAUGAGCAGUGAUGUACACCAAGCUCCUAUGCACGAAAGCCCUAGUCAGCUCUAG